AUGACUCAGUCUUGUAGGGUUCUGACAACGAUGGACACGAAUACGACUACGUUUGUACGCAAAAAUGGCUGUACGAUUCCCUGGUAUUGCGCUUCUUUUCUGGGCGUUUUUUUUCUAUUCAGCUUGGUCGCCACUGGUUUGUUAGUGUAUUAUUUCGCACCUUGUCAUGAGAAGCAAGUUUCGACAAGCACGGAAACGGAUAUUUUCUCUCCGACAAUACCAACAAAGAAAGAUAUAGAUAUUAGAUUACCGAGAGACAUUGUGCCGGAUUUGUACGAGUUAUGGCUAAUACCAUUCAUAUGGGAAGGCAACUUCACUUUCCACGGCGAGAUCAAAAUUUUGAUAAACGUGACAAACGAUACGAAUAAUAUUACCUUACAUGCCGUCGACAUAAAGAUUGAUGAGGGUUUUACGAGUAUCAGGGAGUACUCGUCUAACGAUAAGAGCAACAAUAAGAUUACAGUAAUCAAGAUCACGGAGCAGAAAAACGAUAGCGAUAGACAAUUUCAUGUGAUUAAAACGUCGAAGUUGAAAAAAGGCAAACAAUACAUUGUACAUCUUAAGUUCAUUGGAUAUUUGAACGACGAUUUGCAUGGUUUCUACAGAAGCUCGUAUACAGUUGGUAAUCAGACAAGAUGGAUUGCUACGACUCAGUUUGAACCGACGGAUGCUCGCCGUGCUUUCCCAUGUUUCGACGAACCAACUUUGAAAGCCAAAUUCCAGAUCAACAUAGCGCGUCCCCAAAACAUGACAUCUAUUUCAAAUAUGCCCAAAAACGAAAAAACAACGCGAGUGCCCGAUUUAGAUACAUACGUGUGGGAUCACUAUGAGCGUUCGGUACCGAUGUCUACAUAUUUGGUGGCUUUCAUAAUUUUUGAUUUUGAUGUAAGAAAAUCAAAAGAUGGCGAUUUUAGAGUUUGGGCGCGCCAUGAUGCUAUUGCUCAAACAGAAUAUAGCUUGAAUAUUGGACCGAAAAUGCUUAAAUUCUAUGAGGAUUACUUCAAGAUCAAGUAUCCUUUGCCGAAGAUGGACAUAGCCGCGUUACCGGACUUCGAAGCUGGCGCCAUGGAGAAUUGGGGGUUAAUGACGUUUAGAGAGACAGCAAUAUUGUAUCAGAAAGAGGAGGAUGGUAUAACAGAUAAUGAUAGUAAGCAGCUAAUAGCUUUAAUAUUAGCACAUGAACUCUCGCAUCAGUGGUUUGGGAAUUUAGUGACUCCAAGUUGGUGGACAGAUCUUUGGUUAAAUGAGGGUUUCGCUAGUUACAUGGAAUACAUUGGCACGAAUGCGGUAGAACCGGAGUGGAGGGUACUGGAACAAUACGUUGUUCACGAACUUCAAACUUCAUUUACUUUAGAUGCUUUAGAAUCUUCCCAUCCUAUAUCUAUUGAAGUCGAUUAUCCGGAUGAAAUCAAUGAAAUCUUUGAUACCAUUACUUAUGUAAAAGGUUCUGCCAUAAUAAGAAUGAUGGAUCAUUUUCUCACAACAGAUGUUUUUAAGAAAGGUUUGCAUAAUUAUUUGAAUGAAAAAAAAUAUCAAAGUGCCGAGUCAAAUGAUUUAUGGUACGCUUUGACCAAACAAGCUCAUAAAGAUAAAGUACUUGAUCCAAACAUAACUAUUAAGAAAAUAAUGGAUACUUGGACUUUGCAAACCGGCUUUCCCGUAGUUACUGUCUUACGAAACUAUAGCAAUGGUAGUAUUAUACUAACGCAGGAACGUUUUUUGCUUGACAAUAAUGUUACGAGAAUCACAUCUGAUAAGCGGGAACCAUUAUGGUGGAUACCAAUUACUUAUACGACUGAGAAGCAAUUAAACUUCAAUAACACUCAACCUACAAAAUGGAUGAAAGCAGAACGUUCGAUUACUCUUAACGAUUUAGAUGUGAUACCGUCUCAAUGGAUACUUUUUAACGUGCAAGAAACUGGAUAUUACAGAGUGAAUUAUGACACGGCAAAUUGGGAGCUGAUAAUAAAACAAUUGAAUAAUAUUAAAAACUUCAAAAAGAUUUCGGUGAUUAACCGAGCACAAUUGAUCGAUGACGCUCUUAACUUGGCUAGAGCUGGCAAACUCGAUUAUGAAAUUGCUUUCAAUAUCACCUCUUAUUUGGCCCAUGAAACCGAAUAUUUGCCCUGGAAAGCAGCUUUCCGAGCUUUAAGUUAUCUCAACAAUAUGUUAAUUAAAUCACGAGGUUACGAUAAAUUUAGGUUGCACAUGUUAAAGCUACUUGAUAAUAUAUACGAACAAGUCGGUUUUGUUGAUAAACUGGAAGAUCCUCAGAUGACAGUCUUCAAUCGAAUUAAUAUUUUAAAUUGGGCAUGUUAUCUCGACCAUGAGCAUUGCGUUAUGAAAGCUGUGCAAUACUUCAAUUAUUGGCGUAACACUCCUAAUCCGGAUAUUAAUAAUCCGGUUCCACCGAACUUGAAGAGCGUGGUUUAUUGCACGGCCAUUCGAGUGGGUGGACAAAACGAGUGGAAAUUCGCUUGGCAACGGUAUCUAGCAGCCAACGUUGGAUCGGAGAAGGAUUUGCUUUUGCAGGCAUUAUCCUGCACAAAAGAAAUAUGGUUGUUGAGUCGAUAUUUAGAUUGGGCUGUGAUGGAAAAUUCGGGAAUCAGAAAACAGGAUGCUACUCGAGUUUUUGAAUCGGUUGCCAGCAACAUUGCCGGACGGUCACUUACAUUUGAUUACAUUAGAAACAAAUGGAUGGAUCUCAGGAAAUAUUUUGGAAUAUCAUCAUCAAUAUCAGCUAUGAAUGCCAUCAUACCAGCGGUAGCAGGAAAUAUAAAUACAAAAUACGAACUCAAAGAUCUGAUAAACUUUGUAAAAGAACAUCUGAAUGAAUUUAAUAACGCGACAAGAACCCUGCAUCAAGUAAUAGAGAAUGCGGAAUCUAAUAUAAGAUGGUUUAAUAAGCAUCAUAUGGAGAUUUAUAUUUGGUUACAGAAAAAUAUUGUAUAAUCGAUAGACGUAUUCUUAGAAUAUUAAAUAUAAAAAUAGACUCUACAUAAACAAUAUAUCGCCAGAUCUUUCUGUAUAAUUAUUGUUAAGUACAUUUACGCAAACGAUCACAAUAUUUGCCAGGUACAAAUUUUUGUCUUAUGACGAUUAAUUUGUACUAAUGAGACGCUACAAUCAAAAAAAGAAAGACGAUAGACCAAAAGAGUAAAAUCAUCACAAUGCUUAUAAUUAGAACAAUUUUGAGAAUCAAUGCGAAA